AAGAUUGUCAAAAACAACACGUUGCAUAUUAAUGGUGAAAGAAGAAUAUGAAAAGUAUUUUUUCCCAGGUGGUGUUUUACAUUACACAACAGAAUACAAAAUACAAAAUAGUAAAAUACUUUGCUCCUUAUCAGCUGCCCUCUGCUUUACAUGUGUGGAGUCCAGACUGCAGAGGUCGAUUGGUUGGGAGGCUUCAUUCAUUCGGCUUUGACUGAGAAACCUGUCAGACUGUCAGGUUGUUGUGCAACCGCUGGGGUAUGACAGCAAGUAGUGACAGACAUACAGAAAUCUUGCUUUAUUGUGCAUUUGUGACAUAGGAGGAAGAAACGCUCAGAGUGUGGAAUAAAUGGACUAUGCACUACCAACAACCCAGGAUGAUUGCGUCUGUACAGCUCACUUUUCUGGCAUGUUUAACUCUGACUGUUGGCUUUACUCUGGGUUUGGGACAAAACCAAGGCAUGGGAUUUACGUUUCUGUUACCCCCCGGCAGCACGGAGUGCUUUUACCAAACUACUGCAAGAGACGACAGCAUGGAAGUUGAAUAUCAGGUGAUAGCAGGGUCAGGUCUGGAUGUUGGGUUUGCCCUCAUCUCACCCAGCGGAUACCGGCUCGUGUCCGACUUCAGGAGGUCUGACGGCAUUCACAUGGUGGAUCCCACAGAGGCUGGAGACUAUCGGUUGUGUUUUGACAACAGCUUCAGUAAAUUGUCAGAGAAGAUGGUGUUCUUUGAGGUGAUCCUCAACAGUAACAACAACGCUGGCCGAGGCCAAGAUGAGUGGGCAGAUGUUGCUAUGACAGAGGACAUGGCCGAGUACAAGCUGGACGACAUUAGGGUAAGAAUGGACUCUGUGCACAGGCACCUAGAGAAGAGUCGUCAGAUGCAGGGUACGCUGCGAGCCUUCGAGGCCAGGGACCGCUACCUUUUGGAGGACAACCUGUGGAGAGUGUCCGUCUGGUCCUGCCUAAACCUGCUCGUCAUGCUCACCGUUGCCGUCGUUCAAAUUUACAGCCUGCGGCGCCUCUUUGAUGACACCAAGCGAGUGUGCACAUAGUCACAGUGGAAGCUGCAUUGCCUCCACUGCAGCUAUUACACAUGCAAGUAUGACCAAGGUGGUUCACAAUUUGGAAAAAAAAAAUGCCAUGCAUGCAAUAUGUAGUUUUUGCAAUAUGCAUACAUUGUCAUUAUAUACAUUAUACUGUGCACACAUGCACACACACUCCCAUGAUAUACGUUAAUGAUGCAGCUAUUUGGUACAGUAGAAGGAUACAGCUAUUCUCUCAGGAAUGUUGCUUUAUUGAACUUCAGAUACAUGUAACACUUCCUUUAAAAACUCAAGGCUCCGUUUUCUUAAAUCAGCAGCCAAAACAAAACCAAAAUAAUAUCAGAAACCUAACCUUCUUACAGUGCACUGCAAGUAUAAUAAUAAAAAGACACCUAUAAUGUUUACUCUGGGAAAACAUGUAUUCACACAAUCAUAAAAUGAAUGGUCUCCCUGAUUCAUUUCUCCAUUUGGAAAUUAAAUAGACACUACACAUUGAUUCGUGCAGAAAUAAGUUUAGGCUGAAUAUUCAUUUCUUUGCUAUUAUUUGAAAGCAUUGCAGUCACUGGUUUCUUGCAACAGCACCUCGUGGUACAAUGAGAACUCAGCAGACUUAUACACUCACUAUAUUUUCUCACAUUUUCAAGCAUCAUUAACAUUUUGUGUGGUCAUCUUCAGUGGUACCACCGCUCCAUAAGAGAGAUUUGUCUUUGUAACCCGACACUGCACCUGCUGCAGUGAGUUGUAACUGCACACGAAAUUACAGGAUUUACAGAAACAUCAGCGAUGAUUUGAAGUAUUUUAACUAGGCUCAAAACUGUCUGUGGCAGGAUCAAUUUUAGACAGCAUUCACCACAGAAUUACUGUCUUUUUUUAAAUUGAAUGCCUCCCAAUUGGAAUUCUUCAGUUUCACUGGCAGCAUCAGAUUACAAAUGUGCAUUAGUGCUUUUUUUUUAUUUAUUUUUUUCUUCUUUUUGGAUGAAUAAAUAAAAUCUGUAGCUCCUCCGUUUC